AUGGCUCACUGGGAGCACUGGGAGCACUGGGAGAGAGCACAGACCCCACUGGGAGAGAGCGUGGCGGGGUGUCGUUCGAGGAGUUCUCGGCCCCCGGGCGGGCUGGCGCUGGAGCCCUUUUGGGGGACCAUCCUGGAGAGCGAGGGGAGCCCGAGGGGCUGCCUCCGCCCUCCCCAGCCCCGCCCCUGCCGCGGGGGCUCCAGGGGAGGGGAGAGGAGGGCGCGGGGAGGGGCCCGAGGGGCGGAGCUGAGGAGGAGGAGGAUGAAGGUGCAGGCCCUGGGACGGAGGUGCCGCGAGAUCAGGCAGGUGAACGAGCGGGCCCUGCAGAGGCUGCGGCAGGUGCAGAGACUGACCCGGAGACUGCAGAGGGAGCGCAGGUUCCUGAUGCAGGUCCUGGACGCUCACGGGGAUCGGUACCGGCAGGGGCAGCUCACGGUGCUGCUGCAGCCCAAAGGGGAGGAGUCAUCUCUGGCCCUCUCCUCCUGGGCCCCCUGA